UAAUUAAAGCGCUGGUCGACGUGAGAAUAUGAGACUCAUAGUCGGGAUGUGCACUACCACCAAACCACUUCAGAUGGCUCAGUCCGUGGUUAUUGACCUGGAAAAUCAUGCAGCCCAUAGAUAGUCUACUUGUGGGGUUACAACAAAACGACAUUGGUGGGAUGUGAUUGGAAUGCAGUGACUGUAGACUUUUGACACACAAAACAGGCGAACACGAGUGAGAUUUCUGGAGACGCUAUAAAGAUUGGCCAAGUGCAAGUAAUCAACAAGUCCGAAGAGAUUCGCCUGCUUUCGAACAAACGGUAACUGGGGAAUACAGUAAAUGUCAAACAACAUGGCGAAGUCAUUUUUAUUUCUGCUGCUGGUGUUUGUAAUUGCGGAAAGUUUUAUUUUUGUCCGAGCUCAGACAAAGGAUCAGACCAGGGAGUCAUCGUCCCAAUACCCCCACGGGGAUGAGUCCCGAGCUCUUAAAUCGGGGAUCGUCAAGGACGGACCGAAUUCAAACUCUUCUGGUCCUCAAGUAGGAAUAAAACCUAGGCGACCCAGACCUCUCCCGCCGAUGUGCUCGGGUCCUACAGAGAUCAGAGAUACGUUUAAAUAUAUCAACACUGUGGUCUCGUGUCUUGUUUUCGUGGUGGGAAUCAUCGGAAACUCGACGUUAUUGAGAAUCAUUUAUAAAAACAAAUGUAUGCGGAACGGACCCAACUUUCUCAUUGCGAGCCUGGCGCUGGGCGACCUUUUGCACAUAGUGAUUGACAUACCUAUCAAUGUAUACAAGCUCCUGGCAGAAGAUUGGCCAUUUGGAGUUGGAGUCUGUAAACUGGUGCCAUAUAUUCAGAAAACAUCUGUUGGAAUCACAGUGCUGAGUUUGUGUGCCCUAAGUAUCGACAGGUAUCGAGCAGUGGCCUCUUGGAAUCGCAUCAAAGGAAUCGGUGUUCCUAAGUGGACGGCAAUAGAAAUAACCUUAAUAUGGGUUCUAUCAAUUAUCCUUGCUGUGCCAGAGGCUAUUGCAUUUGAUAUGAUUGCCAUGGACUAUAAAGGAGAACAUCUAAGAAUAUGUCUGCUCCACCCGAUGCAGACGACCCAGUUCAUGCAGUUUUACAAGAAAGCAAAAGACUGGUGGCUGUUCAGUUUCUAUUUCUGCAUGCCCCUGCUUUGCACAGCCAUCUUCUACUCUCUCAUGAGCUGUGAGAUGCUCCGGAAGAACAACAAGGUGCAGAAGACCUUGAAUGACCACCUGAAGCAGAGGCGCGAGGUGGCCAAGACAGUGUUCUGUUUGGUGCUCGUGUUCGCCAUCUGCUGGCUGCCGUUGCAUCUCAGCAGAAUCCUGAAAUUAACCAUUUACGAUGAAAGAGACCCGAAUCGGUGUGAGCUGCUGAGCUUCUUCCUUGUCCUGGACUACAUUGGCAUCAACAUGGCCUCCGUGAAUUCUUGCAUCAAUCCAAUUGCCCUGUAUAUGGUCAGCAAGAGAUUCAAGGACUGUUUCAAGUCAUGCCUGUGCUGUUGGUGGACAUCCCCGGAAAUGCUGGCUCUGGAGGAGAAGCAGACCUGCCUGAGGUCAAAGGUCAAUGAGCAGGGCUCAGACCAGAGCAACUCCAAAGCUUCAAAUAAGUACACGUCUGCCUGAAAGGAGUGGCCUCCAUCUUAGUGUGGACUCUAGCCUGGAACACAACGGACAUAUACAGUCAUAGAGGCAUCCAGUAUUCAAAAAUGAACUGUGCCUUUUUCAAAUAUUUUUAAAAUAUAUUUUGAGUUGUGUCAAUUGCUGAUGCAUUGAUACUCAAUCAUUCUUCAACACAGAAAGCUGAAAAUGGACUUCUCUUCCUAGCUGUAGUUUCUCAGUGAAUUAUCAAGAUAGACUUUGAAAAACAGAAAAAGAAAAUACAUUCAAAUGGUAGCACAUUUGCAACAGAACAACAGAAGCUUUUAUAAUUUUACAUAUUUCUGCAAUUGUUCUAAACUUGAAACUGUGGCAAACAUUUAUGAAUAACAUUAAAACAUAGGACAUUAAAAACACAAAUGACUGGUUGUAAGCCUGGAAAAGAUUUAAAUAAAUGUCUUUGUUUCAUUGUUUACUCACUUUGGUUCAGAUCAUGGUUCUAAAGCAUGUAAGUUUGUUUGAUCUGGAAUGUGGUGUCUGUAUGGAGCAAUCAAAAUAGCAUUCAGAAUCAUGGAACGAAAGUACUUAUAACACAAAGUACUUUAACUUCAUCUGAAGGUCAUUUGUCUUUAGGUUGAGUUCUACAGCAGUGCUCUACAGCAACUAUGUGACAUCCCGGAAUAGUAUUGUGGCUUACUGAGAGUGUGUGUCUGAAACAUUCAUAGGUUCAGCCCUUUCUGACGUUGAACUGGAUGUUUUAUUGUCUCUGUUCUGUUAUGAAGAGUUUGGGUACAGUGACCAUUUGUGGACAAAAGGACAUGUGUUUUAGCCUUUGAAAUGCCUCCCUUCAUUUUUAACUCUCUUCAUAUACAUCAUUCUUUAUUUCACCUUCAAUCAAAUUCAUAAUGAAAUACAUUAAAGUUAGAGUGACUGGAAGAAAAAAAUUGGGCUUAUAUGGACAAGUAGUUUAUUUACUGAAAAAGCCAAAUAAUUAAUCACCUGUAACCAGUAUCUUCAGAAGUUUUUUUUUGUUUUGUUUUGUUUAUGUCGCCAUCGGUCAGGAGCAGAUUCUGACUAGAAACACUGAAAUAUAUUAUUAAAUAUAUUGUUUGGAGCAAUAUUUCUUAUUUAAUUAAGGCAUUAUUAAGUGUUUUUACUCCUGUGCCUUGAACACUUCCAUAUAAAUGAUAGAAUUUCUGUUAAUUAAAUGUAAGGUCUUGGACAGUUGUUUUCCAUCUUACAUUUUUCAAGUGUUUUUUUAUUAUAUUAUUCCUACAACAAACAUUAUCCUGUAAAACAAUGUGUCGACAUUGUAUUGAUAAAAUGCAAAGAAUUUAUUUUGGUUUCUCCUGAAUAUCCCAUUUACCAUUUAAAAUAUGGUAUUGUUGUAUUGUCAUUGUGACAUUAGUAUUGUAAAUAUUGUGUAUACUGUAGUUCUAAAAUGAAUAUUUUUGUCAUACUGUAUGAAGUCAAAACUGCAGUGAUAUUUCCUUAUUAUUGUCCUCUGCUUAAUUGCAAUGAAAUGCUGAAAGAAUGUAUAGUUUUGCCAUACAUGUGUACAUUUUGUUAAGUGAUAGAAAUCCAGAGUCAGCCAAUAUUGUAGAAUUGUAUAAUUUGUUAAAAAUGUAUCCCCCUCGCAUCACAAUAAAAACACUGUUCUAUAUACUAUUCUU